CUGUACGCUUAUGCGUCACGUGGUCAAAGUCACAGGCAGCAAUGGCCGCCUCUCGUUGGUAAACAGUGUUGUUCGGAGGACAGCGCAGAAACAUGAAGCUUUUAUUGAAGGCCGUACAGAAUGCAGUGAGUCCACGGGACUGGGGCCGCAGAAACCUCUGGGGUUGGCUCAACGCAGUUUUCAACAAGGUGGACUACGAGAGGAUCAAAGCCGUCGGUCCAGACCGAGCUGCGGCAGAGUGGCUGCUGAGAUGUGGAGCCAAAGUGCGGUUCCAAGGUUUCGAUCGCUUUCAGCAUGACUACAACCUGCUUCCAACCGGGCCUCUAGGCCGAUACAAGAUCCAGGCGAUUGACGCCACUGAAUCCUGCAUCAUGUACAGAGGGUUUGAUCACCUGGAUGGUUUGAAACACUUGGAGGAAAUCAAAUUCAACAAGUGCAUCUACCUUGAAGACACCUGCCUGGAGAGGCUGAGCUCCAUCGAGAGUCUGCAGGAGAGUUUGAACACAGUGGAGGUGGUGUCAUGUGGAAAUGUGACAGAUAGGGGCAUUAUCGCUCUGCACAAACUCAGGAAUCUGGAGCAUCUGUUUGUCAGUGAUCUACCGGGAAUCAAGGACCAACAGACGACGGCUAACAGAUUACAGACGGCACUUCCACAUCUGGAUAUUGUGAUGGACCUGGAUUGACAACUUCCUGUUUUUGAGAGCAUGUUAUUUUGGCGCCAUUUUAAAGGUUUUUCCAAAGUAAAAGACCCAAACCUGUGGGAGGAAAGACUGGAAUAUGCAGGGCUUUGAUUGUCAAGUUAAAUGUAUGCACGAUCAAAUGUUUAUUACAUGUGGCAUUUAUUAUAUGUAAAGCGGCAGUGUGUAACAUUUGGUUAUUUUUGUUGAUGUGAUUCUUCUGCCUCUGUUUGGUCUUUGAACAGAAACAACAUUACAUUAUUUAUUUGUUCUCAGUCCAACUCCAAACGUACCAUGUUGCUGUUGCCACGUCUGUCUUGACAUAAAAUGAAUCACUUCCUGUGUGCAGUCUUGGAAUGUCACCAGGCGACAUGAGAUGCAAACACUGCUACACUGAGAAACUUGCACACGGCAGCUUUAAGUCUUUAGGAGAUCGUAUUGCGUUAAUGGGAAAUAUUUAAGGUUUAUUUGUAUGCUUGUAUAAACAAUUGUAAAUUGUUAAAGUAAAGCACUUUGUUUCCCCUGA